AUGGCCAAAAUCUUAUGUUUCAGAGGGGAGGACACCCGCAAAAAAUUUACAGACCAUCUAUAUGCUGGUUUGGAACGAAAGGGCAUAUCCACUUUCAAGGACGAUGAACAACUCAAUCGAGGAAAACUUAUUGGUCCAGAGCUGCUCAAAGCAAUAGAAGAAUCAAGGUUUGUUGUUGUAAUUCUCUCAAGCGACUAUUCUUCUUCGAGGUGGUGCUUGAUUGAACUAGCAAAGAUUGUUGAUUGCAUGAAAAAGACUGGGUUAAGAGUAUUGCCAGUUUUCCACUAUGUGGAUCCAAGUGAUGUGAGAAAUCAGGGGGGUCUGAUUUAUGCAAAAGCCUUUAAGAAACAUGAAAAGCGUUUCAAAGAUAGCAACAAAGAAGAUGUGCGCAAGUGGAAAGCUGCUUUGACACAAGUUGCUAGUAUUGCUGGAUGGGAUUUACGGGAUAGGCAUGAAUCAAAAGUUAUCCAAGAAAUCGUUGGAACGAUAUCUAGUGAAUUGAAUCGUAAAUUCUCAAAGACUAUUUCUAAAAACAUUGUUGGAAUAGACUCCCGUGUGGAGAAAAUGUUGGAUUAUUAUUUGUGUGAAGAGUUAAGGGGUGUUCGCUUUAUUGGGAUUUGCGGGAUGGCAGGGAUGGGUGAAACAACUCUUGCGCAAGAAAUUUAUAGAAGAAUUUCUGGUAACUUUGAAGCCAGCAGCUUUAUUGCUAAUGUUAAAGAAAAAACUAAAAGUCAAGGUUUAGUUUCAUUACGGAAACAUCUUCUUUCUAAGAUCCUCAUGCAAGGCGAAAUAAGGAUAUCAAACGUUUCUGAGGGAAUCAGUGUUAUAGGGAAUAGACUAUGCAAUAAAAGGGUUCUUAUUGUUCUUGAUGAUGUGGAUGGAGAUGAACAACUAGAAGCACUAGCAGGGAAACAUGAUUGGUUUGGUCUUGGAAGUAGAAUUAUUUUAACAAGUAGAGAUAGCCAUUUGUUAAUAGGACAUGGAAUGGAUGCUCUAUAUAAUUGUAAGGGGUUGAAUGAUGAUGAAGCUUUGGAGCUUUUUAGUUGGAGAGCUUUUGAGAAACCCUAUCCUAUAGAAGAUUGUGUGGAGUUGUCUGAGGAUUUUGUGAAUUAUGCUAAAGGCUCUCCUUUAACUAUUACAAUUUUUGGCUCUAUGUUGUUUGGUGAAGGAAUAGAUAAAUGGAAAAUUAUUCUAGCUAUAGUAAAAUAUUAUCCUGAUUUUUGCAUUUUAGAUAUGCUUCAAAAGGGCUUGGGUCGGUUGAUGAAUAUAGAGAAAGAAAUUUUGGAUAAUGUGUGUCUUUUCGAAGGAAAGAACAAUUGUGCAAGAGCUAUACUAGAAAGUUUUGGUUACUAUCCAAACAAUGAUGUUGUUAUAGACAAUUAUCUUGUAGCCAUUGAUGCACGAGGUAGAAUUAGGAUGCAUGGUUUGCUACAACUUAUGGGUCAAGAAAUUGUUUGUCUUGAAUCCCCUAAAGAACCCGGUAGAAGUAGUAGGUUGUGGCGUCUUGAAUCUCCUAAAGAACCCGGCAGACGUAGUAGGUUGUGGCGUUACAAGGAUGUCUAUCAUGGAACAGAGUUUAUUGGAGGCAUAGUUCUAAAAGGACCUGUUCAUAAAAAGACUGAAAAAGUUUCCAGAGAUUGUGGGAAAUAUGUCAUGUUUAUGGAAACUUGA